CGAGGCUGCGGAACACGUCAACCAUGGAUACAUAUAAGUUGAUUUGUUUGUUCGUGAUAGUGUCCCAGGCGGCAGCGCUAUUGACGUCACCACCAAGAAUUGUAAAGCAGCCUACAGUAGAGGAGUUGCUGUUCCAAGUUGCGCAGCAAGGAGAAGUGGACAAACCGUUCAUCAUUGAAUGUGAAGCAGAAGGAGAACCGGCACCCAAGUACCGAUGGAUCAAAAACGGCAAACCUUUCGAAUACUCGAGCUACGACACGCGAAUCUCUCAGCAGCCGGGGCGAGGCACGCUGGUCGUCAGCAAGCCCCGGGACGAGGACCUCGGCCAGUACCAGUGCUUCGCCUACAACGAGUGGGGCACGGCCACCUCGAACUCCGUCUUCGUGCGGAAAGCCGAACUCAACUCGUUCAAGGAGGCGGAUGGCCCUCAGCAGACAAUCACCGCACAGGAAGGCUUUCCCUUCAAGCUUACCUGCGAACCCCCCGAUGGCCACCCCAGCCCCAACGUCUACUGGAUGUUGCAAGGAGACCAGGGACAGCUCAAAACCAUAAACAAUUCACGAAUGACGCUCGAUCCCGAGGGUAACCUCUGGUUCUCGAACGUAACUCGAUUCGACGCUAGUAACGAUUACGCGUACACUUGCGCCGCCAAGUCUGUCUUCCGUAACGAGUACAAGCUAGGCAAUAAGGUGUACCUGGAGGUGCAGCAGACGGGCCUGUCGCCGGCACUGAAUAAACACGAGCCUGUCCGUCAGUAUACUUCUAGAAGGGUCGAGAAGGCGUGGCGCGGGAAGAAGGUGGAACUCUACUGCAUUUAUGGUGGAACGCCACUGCCUCAAAUAGUAUGGAAGAAGAACGGCAGCCGUAUUCUAUCAUCUCAGCGCAUCACACAGGACAACUAUGGAAAGACAUUGGUGAUCAGACGCGCAGGGUACGAAGAUCAGGGCACGUAUACUUGCGAGGUCAGCAACGGCGUUGGCACCGCGCAGACAUACUCCAUACAGCUCAAUGUUGAGGCUGCACCAUUCUUCACGGAGGAGCCGCAGUUCCAGAACCUGGCUGAAGGGGAGACGGCGGUGAUCAACUGCCGUGCGGGGGGCACGCCCGAGCCCCAGAUCUCGUGGGUACACAACGGCAAGCCCAUUGAGCAGGCGGAACCUAACGCACGUCGCCAAGUCACAGCCAACUCUAUCAUCAUCACCGACCUCGUGAAGAAGGACACAGGAAACUACGGCUGUAACGCAACCAACUCUAAUGGUUAUGUCUACAAGGACGUCUAUAUAAAUGUGCAAUCGAUUCCGCCCGAGAUUAAGGAGGGUCCGGAGAACCUGACCAAGGUGGACGGCUCCGAAGCGGUGCUCAAGUGCCGCGUGUUCGGUGCACCUCGCCCCAUCGUAAAAUGGAUGCGCGACGACGUCGACGUCACCGGAGGAAAGUACAACAUAACGGCGGAAGGCGAUCUUGUAAUCCGAGAUGUGUCCUACACCGACGUCGGAACCUACGAGUGCUACGCCAAGAACAAGUUCGGCGAGAAGUCUGCCUACGGCUCGCUCACUGUCAAAAAGCGCACUGUCAUAACGGACAAGCCGGAUAACUACGAGGUGGCUGCGGGCUCGUCGGCGACGUUCCGCUGCAACGCGCACGCGGACGACUCGCUGCGGCUCGACAUCGUGUGGCUGAACGACGGCCAGCCCAUUGACUUCGAGGCCCAGCCGCGCUUCCGCGUCACCAACGACCACUCCCUGCUCAUCUCCGACACCAGCGAGCUCGACUCCGGCGAGUACACCUGCAUCGCGCGCACCAGCGUAGACGAGGCGCGCGCGCAGGCCACGCUCACAGUGCAGGAUAAACCCAACCCACCGGCACUGGACGGCGUCGAAUGUCACGAGAAAGUGGCCACCCUUCGCUGGCACUCGAUGGGCGACAACCGCGCUCCCAUCCUGCGCUUCUCCAUCCAGUACAAUACGACGUUCACACCGGACACGUGGGACGUGGCCAGCGACAACGUGCCCGCCAUCGACACCUCGUGGACCGUCGAGCUCAGCCCCUGGGCCAACUACACCUUCCGCGUCAUGGCCUGGAACAAGAUCGGGCCCUCGGCGCCCUCCGCGCACUCCGACGUCUGCACCACGCAGCCCGAUGUGCCCUACAAGAACCCAGACAACGUCGAGGGCAAAGGACGCGAUCCCACCAACAUGGUCAUCUCCUGGACGAAAAUGCCUCAAAUCGAACACAACGGUCCCGGUUUCUACUACCUGGUUUCGUGGCGGCGCAACAUCACGGGGCAGCCGUGGAGCGACCAGCAAGUCACCGACUGGCAGGACACCGAGCUCAUCGUGCCCAACACGCCCACCUUCCAACCCUACAGGAUCAAGGUCAUCGCCGUCAACUCUAAAGGAACAUCCAAUGUAGCCCCCGUCGAAGUCAUCGGGUGGUCAGGAGAAGACACCCCGUUACAGGCGCCCUCCAACUUUACCCUAGUACAAGUGACCACCGGCACUACGGCCCUGCUCAGCUGGAACCCCGUGUCUCCCGACUCCGUACGCGGACACUUCAAGGGCUACAAGAUCCAGACCUGGACCGACGGGGAGGAGGACAGAGUCAAGGAGAUCCUAGUUAAAGCCGACGCAUCAAGUGCUCUCGUCUCCAAGUUCAGGCCCUUCAAGAAAAACAAUGCAAGGAUCUUAGUUUACAACGGACGUUUCAACGGACCUCCAAGUGAAGUUCUAAGCUUCCUCACUCCUGAAGGAAAACCCGGCACCGUCAAGUCAUUCGAAGUAUACCCCAUCGGAUCAUCGGCUAUGCUACUCAAAUGGGACAAACCGAUCGAAGAGAACGGAGUCCUGACAGGUUACAAGAUUUACUAUCAAAAAGUAACUGGAACCGCUCUGGGACCAUUACAAGAGAGGAAGAAGGAAAUCGAUCCCAAAUUUGACCGCGCAAAGUUAGCAGGUCUGGAGCCUAACACUAAGUACAGGAUCGAAAUACGAGCUAAGACGAAGGCUGGUGAAGGAGAAAAGUAUUACGUGGAACAAACCACUAAAGCCAUGGUUAACGCGAAGCCGGACAUUCCAGUCUUUGAGACUAUGACGGUGCCCGCUAAGGAGGGGACAGCUCAUAUCCUGGUACGGUGGAUACCUUCAAUGGAUGGUCAUCCUGGCACUCACUUCGUGGCGUGGUACAAGUUGAAGGGGCAUCCAGACUGGCUGAAGACCAAUGAGAUAACGGAGGAUGACUAUGUGAUAGUGACAGGCCUGGAGCCAGGGCAGGUGUAUGAGGUGAAGGUGACGGCCCACGAUGGAGAGUACUUCAGUACCAGUGAGAUCAAGGAUGUUGAUACAACUAUUGACGGUCCUAUGAUAUUGCGCGAUGACAAGAUGGCGACAGCUGGGUGGUUCAUCGGCGUGAUGCUGGCGCUGGCGUUCCUGCUGCUGGUGCUGGUGCUGGUGUGUGUGGUGCGGCGCAACCGCGGCGGCAAGUACGACGUGCACGACCGCGAGCUCGCACAUGGCCGCCGUGACUAUCCUGACGGUGGCUUCCAUGAGUACACACACCCACUGGACAACAAGUCGCGGCACUCUAUGAGCAGCGGCACAAAGCCCGGCCCCGAGAGCGACACUGACUCCAUGGCGGAGUACGGCGAGGGAGAGACUGCUGGUAUGAACGAGGACGGCUCAUUCAUUGGCCAGUAUGGCCGCAAGCGCCGCCCCCCUCCAGGUCGUUUCACUGAGGACGGGUCGUUCAUUGGUCAGUAUGUGCCGGGUGCGAGAGUGCUGCCCCCACCGCCCGCGCCCGCCGCCCCGCCCCCGCCCCCGGCUGGAACACACCCGCCCACAUAUGUCUAAGCCACGCCCACAUAUGUCUAAGCCACGCCCACAGUCAACAACAUCUAUUAUUAUGCCUUCUAGGAUAUAUUCCGAUAUAUAAAACAAGGCAGAGAGAUAAAUAACAGAGGAUUUAGUGUUUGUGGUUUUGGUUAAUGUGUUAGGUACAGCGCCAUCUAUAGUUAAAGAAGUUAUGUAUGUCUCAGUUGUUGUUAUUUAAGAUCUUCAUGUUGUACUCGCGGAUAGAAUUUGAAUGCUUCAAGAUGUCAAUGUUCUCAUUGUUUAAGAAUGUAAGUUAAUAUCGUACACGGCCUUUUAUGAACGAGAAUCGAUUUGUCACAAGCGAAAUCAUUAACUGCCAAUAUGGCUUUUUUUAUUUAGGAUCGAAAAAACUGAUAUUUAGUUAAAAUUUAUUAGUUUGAUGGCCAAAAGCCUUGUAUCGGUAGACGAAACUUGAUCCAAUAAUUUUUUUUCAGUACCUCAUUCAAACUUUGGCAGCAUAUUUGAAUAGAUUCAAUAUGAAAAUCUGAAAAUAGAUUGUGUUUUUUUCAUGAGACUGAUUUUAAGUAAUGAAGUGAAUUAGUCGUCAUAAUUUCUUCGCUCACUCGAAUAUCAAGCUUCUGUAGUUUUUGCCAUUUGACAGCUUUAUUGUUUUUUUUUUUUA